UCUUACCUGUGGACCACAUCUCUGUUACCUGAAUGCUCACAUUGUGUCAACGAAAUGGAAAAAAAUAACACCGAAGAUGUUGAUGGAGAGAUGGCACCAGCCAGAACACUAUUCUGUCCCCUGCUGCUGCUUCUGCUGGCACUGUGGGUGUCCGAGCACCCCAUCAGCGCCAAGCCCAAGGACAUGACCUCAGCUCAGUGGUUUGAAACUCAGCACGUGCAGCUGAGCUCAAAGAGAUGCGAUGUAGCCAUGAAAUCCAUCAACCAGGACAAGAAACGCUGCAAGAACCUCAACACCUUCCUACAUGAACCCUUCUCCAGCGUGGCCAAAACCUGUCAGACCCCCAACCUAACCUGCAAGAAUGGACGGGAUAACUGUCACCAGAGCCCCGAGCCAGUGUCCAUGACCAGUUGUAAGCACAUCUCUGGAAAGUACCCUGAUUGCAAAUACAAAGAGGAGAAAACGAAAGCAUCCUUCAUCAUCGCCUGCGAUCCUCCCCAAGCAAAGGAUGAUCAGAAUUAUCAGCUGGUUCCUGUGCACUUGGAUAAAGUCAUCUAAGGCCGAGUGGUUUUCACACACAGCCCCACCCCCGCAAACUCCUGUUGCUGCUGCUGGUACUGCAUUUCCUCUCUUAACGAAUCCUUCCCUUCUCUACAAAUACCACUUCCCACCCACACAGCCUUAAUUCCACAUACUCUUAAUUCCAGAGGGGAUUUUAUGAAUGCUCCAAGAAUGAUAAGAAAUAGGAGGAGGGUUUCUGUUGCCUUGUGGUCUCUCAGACACAAAGGAUCUUGGCAAGUGGGGCUGCAGGUUUGGUGGGCUUGAUGGCAGGUAUA